UUAUAUAAAUACACGUUGAUAUCUUCCCUUCUUAGUUUUCCAGGCAUUAUUUUAACCUAAAAUAAAAUGGAAGAAGAAGAGUACAUUGAAAGAAGAAUUUCAUCAAGAGCAUGGUGUGAUUUGCAUUCAGAGCUUUUAGGGGAAAUAGCAAACAACUUAGGACUAUUUGAUCUUCUUGGUUUUCGCGGAGUUUGCAAAGAUUGGCGCUCUGCUUCUUUCACAGCCUCUGCCAUUAUUGAAUCAGCUCGCGACACAAAUCUAUGUUUCCUUCUUCAUAACGAUCGCGAUGAGAAAACCAUCCUAUUUAACCCAACCACCAACAAGAAUUACACCAUCAAUAUACCCGAAUUGAAAGGAGCAACUUGCCUUGCAUCAACCCAAGGUUGGUUACUCAUAUCCCAAAAAGGUAACAUUUUCUUCUUUUGCCCUUUCUCUCGCGCGAAAAUUGACCUCCCUCCUCUUCAAGAAUCAGAAAUUACUCCCGGGGCUGCUGUCUUUACUUCUCCUCCUUCCUCAAUUGAUUGUGUUACGACUAUCAUUUAUAAGAAAAACGAUCAUAUUGUGGAACUAAACGUGCUAGAACGUGGAGUUAGCAUGUGGACUAAGUAUGAAUAUGAUCUCAAGUUCAAUCAGAGGAGUUUUGGUGAUGUUAAAUGUGCUACUUCUCAUAAGGAAUGUUUCUAUUUCCUGGAUGAUUAUAAGAGGUUGUUGACAUUCACAUUGGAAGAUAAAAGUUUUGAGAUGUACACAAUAGUUGAUACAUGUAAGGAUCCAAAUGUGGAUUGCCUGCCCUUUAAGUACAAGGAGAAAUGUUUUAGUAGAUCUAAUUUGAAAAGCCAGAUGAAUCUUGGUGAUGAUGUUACUAUUUCUACUUGUGGUGCUUCGUAUUUUGGAAGUUAUUCAGAAAUUCUAAUCAAGAAUGAAAACAUUGAGGCCAGUGAAGGAACUGAAGCUCAACAUUUCAAAGGAAUUUGGAUUCAACCUAGAUUCUUUCAACUCCCUCCAAAUUAUAGUUGGUCAUGACUUUUGAGUUUUUGCUCUAAUUAAUUAGAUCAAUUUAUUUACUUUUUUACUUUGUUUGAAUAUAGUGGAUUGAUAACCGUGGUACAAUUUUACUUUUGAUUUAUUCUACAAAUUGAUUAAUUUCUUUCUUUACUCCUGACCAUUUUCUAUUAAGUUUAUAUAUGCAUAAACUCUUCCGUUACUUGUUUAUCUAUUUCUCUCUUUUUGUGAUUAUUAUUUGUGGAGAGUUGAACCUUUAACUCCUACCAAGUAUAUCCCUUAACUCCUACCCACAUUCAAUUCUGACCCUUACUACUAAACUUGUAGCAAA